AUCUUCAUUUUGAAAUAAUAUACGCGUGGACGGGUAAUAACGAGAAUAGGUGUACCACACCUGUUGAUAAUACACACCUUGUUAAUUGUUUGUCUUAGGAGCGACUAUGAUCGAAUUUUUUUAUAACUUUCUACAUCAGACAGUCCUUCCCGACGACAUCAAUUCAGCUCAAACACAACAGCUUUAGCUAUGCACUUCGUUAAUAGGCCAAACACAGAGCAACCAUGGAAUUUACUUCAGUUCUUCGAAUCGUGCAUUGGCCUGAUUCAUUUACUAAACUAACGUUUGUUCCAGUCGAUUAAGUUUUUACCAUUUAAAACUCAACUGCCAUGACUCCUACCUCAAAUGUAGACGUCAAAAGCUCUACUACCGAAGGAUUACCAGCAAAGUUUGUACAUUCCAUGAGAACAUUAUUUGACAUUUUAGAUGAUAAACGUACCGGAUUUGUCAAAUUUUCAGAAAUUGAAACUCGUUGGCAAGAUGAUGGCACUAAAGGAUUACCAAAAGGAGUUUUAGAUAGUCUUCGAAAAGUAACCCCACCUAAUGGUUUAUUGUCUUUUGACCGUUUCUGUACUGGUUUGAAAAUGUGUCUACUUCGUAAUCAAAUGGAGCAUGGCCGUAGAACUAAUGAUCCUUUGCGACCCCCGUCUGCUCCACUUUUGGAUGUUGAUGUAAAGCCUAAUAUACAAUGGACAACAGGAAAUAUGGCCGCUAUUAGACCCACUCAACAAAGGACUUUAAGCAUGCCACAAUUAGCAAUAGAGCGUAAUAAUAACAGUAUCAACAAUAAUAGUAGUGGUAAUAAUAAUAAUAAUAAAGAAACACAUCAGUUGCAACAAAAAUCAACAUCAUCAUCAUUAUUCGGUCCUCCGAAACCUCCAAGAACUGCAGCGGGGUUGGAGCGUGGUGUACAGUUAGCUACUAAUGAACGUAAUAUUGAUAAGGCAGAAAUACGAACAGCUUUGCAAAAUUGGCAAUUAGGAAUAUUAUUAAAUGAUCAAAGCAGUUCUAGAAGUGAAAAGCAAUCUGGUGAUCAAACUUAUAAAAGAGUUAAUCAGCGAAGAAGAGAGCCAAGGCGUCAUACCCUACAAAGUGGAAUCGAUUACAACCUGUUAAAAAGAAUGAAACAAAUCGAACAAGAGAAAGAAGUUCUUAUGCUUGGUCUUCAGGCAGUUGACAGAGCGCGAGAUUGGUAUCACAAGCAAAUUUCUGUUGUUCAGGAAAAAAUGAAAUAUCUUGGACGAACAAAUUCACAUACUGACCAGUGGACAGAAGCACAACAAGAGCGUAUCGAGCUACAAAGAGCUCGAGUAUUAGAGGUCAAUAGACAUUUGUCGGCAUUAACCGAUGGUGGUGAAGGAUGGAGUGGUCUACCAUUGCAUAUGAAUCUAGCCGUACAUUCAGCCAAUCAUCCUGGAACAAUAUUAAACCAAAACCCUCAAGUUGUGGCCACGCUGAAACAUCGCAACCAUGUACUCAGCGAGGAACUUGGACAAAAAAGUGAAAGAAUUUCAACCUUAGAAAGGGAGAAAGCAACACUUAUUAGAGAACUAUUUCAAACAAGAUCUCAGGUCGCUCGUAAAAGAAUGGAUAAUAAACCUGAUGGUCAAUCUUACAUGCCUUAAAACAAAAACAAAUUUAAUUCUAGCUUAAUAAUGUUUAGUUGAAUUAAACAGUAUAAUAAUUAGUAUAAAAAUAUGGUAGUAAUUGCUUAGUAUAUUCUGAUUACUAAAACAAAGUAAAUAAUGAUAAUAUUCUUUUAUAUAAAUCAGUCAUUUGUUUUAUGAAACCAUUUAUGAUAAGGAUAUUAAAUCUGCAUUCAAAUAAAAUAAAUAAGGACCCCAUGUUAAAAUUUGUAACUUUUGAUGCAAAUUUAUAACUAUUGUUUCACAGAUUUUUAAU